AUGUCCGGGGCUGGGGACCGAGGCCAAGCCCCGGCGAGAUGGCUGGGCCCUGGGCUAUUGGGUCUCCUCCUGCUGCCCGUGGCCCUGUCACUGGAGGUGUCCGUGGGGAAGGCCACCACCAUUUACGCCGUCAACGGCACGGAGAUCCUGCUGCCUUGCACCUUCUCCAGCUGCUUUGGCUUUGAGAACCUCCGCUUCUGGUGGUCCUACAACACCAGUGACACCUACAAGAAGCUCAUCGAAGGGAUUGUGAAGAAUGAGAAGUCAGACCCCAAGGUGAAGCUGCGGGACAACGACCGUGUCUCCCUGGAGGGCACCACCAAGGAGAAGAUGAACAACAUCUCCAUCCUGCUGCGGAGCCUGGAGUUCAGCGACACGGGCAAGUACACCUGCCACGUGAAGAACCCCAAGGAGAAGGACCUCGAGCACCAGGCCACCAUCUUCCUCCAAGUCGUCGAUAAACUGGAGGAAGUGGACAACACCGUGACGCUCAUCAUCCUGGCCGUCGUGGGGGGGGUCAUCGGGCUCCUCGUCUUCAUCCUGCUGCUCAAGAAGUUCAUCGCCUUCAUCAUCAAGAAGACCCAGGAGAAGAAGAAGGAGUGUCUCGUGAGCUCCUCCGGGAAUGACAAUACGGAGAAUGGGCUGCCCGGCUCCAAGGCCGAGGAGAAACCGCCCACGAAAGUGUGA